AUAAAGCCCCAUAUCCAUAUUUAGCUGAUUUUCUUUUAAUUAUGUCUCAUCAAACUGGUAUUAGAGGAAACGAGCAACUAGCGAAAGUUUUCGGCAAGGCGAAAAAUGGAAAAAUGCGAUUGAUAAAAGUUUCCAUCGAAAAUGAACAGCUCGUUUGUAGCGCGAACGCGGAUGCUAAAAAGGACUGGGAACGUGACUUCGACAAGCUGAUAUCACCCCUUAUCGAAGAAAAUGUUCCCUGCUAUAUACUUUAUCGCCUGGAUACGAAAAUACCUCUGGGUUACGCAUGGCUUCUGCUCAGCUGGAUACCAGAUACGGCUACCACUCGCCAAAAAAUGGUCUACGCCUCAACAAAGGCAACGCUCAAAAAUGAAUUCGGAACGGCGUACAUUUCGGAAGAGCUGCAUGCCACUUCGCGUGACGAGACCAGUUUGGAAGGGUAUAAGAAGCACAAACGAGAUUUCGCAGCCCCCGCGCCGCUCACCACACGCGAAGAAGAGCUGGCGGAGUUGCGCAAAACCGAGGUGCAUACCGAGAUAAGCACUGAGACACGCCACCAAACGCUCGGUGGCAUAUCUUGUCCAUUGACUGACGCAGCAAUUGCCGCGGUGCAGGAUUUGCUGCGCGGAAACUACGACUACUUGCAGUUUCGCAUUGACCUAGAGGAGGAGCGCAUACAUGUCUCGCAUGCCGCAAAAGUUGAAAUAGGCGAUCUGCCAAAACAGGUGCCCGAGGAUCACGCACGCUAUCAUUUGUACUUGUUCAGACAUACGCACGAGGGUGACUACCUCGAGAAUUAUGUGUUCAUUUACUCCAUGCCCGGUUACACUUGUUCCGUACGCGAGCGCAUGAUGUACUCCAGCUGCAAGGCGCUUUUCGUCGAACAGCUUACGGCGCUUGGCGUAGAUGUCGUGAAGAAGUUGGAAAUCGAUCACGGCAACGAACUCACCGAAGCAUCGUUGCAAGAUGAGCUGCAUCCCAAGAAGAUCUUGCACAGACCAGUAUUUGCCAAGCCCAAAGGCCCACCGAAUCGCGGCGCAAAGCGCAUGACGCGUCCCAACGAAGGCGAAGCCUAAAAGUCUUGUCAAUUCACAUUUUUAGUUUCCUAUAGCAAAGCAUUUAAUUUAUUGCAUUGAGAGUCGUAUCUACUGAUCAUACUCAUAUCUACAUACUUUUUGUAUCAGUCAUAUCCCCCUUAAGCAAACAAAUUCAUCUAAAGUAUGUAUGUACUUAUCACGACUUACUUUAAUAUUUUGGAAAAUUUGUGUGCAAAUUAAACUGCAGAUUUAGUUGCAUUAAGCAUGAACUGGAUCGACGCAUAGCAGCCGCCAACGAGGGCUUCCUUAGUUCGUAUUCUUUGUCUUCUUGUUUAAUUAUGGACAUAAUUGCAAUUUAUUUAAAUAAAAAACAUGAUUUAUAUUAUGUAUGUAUUCAAAACA